CUCCCCUUGCCGCCCAGAUACACAUACCAUCCACCAUUUGUCCGUCGCCAGUAGCCACAGAGUCCAUCGCCAGAGCCCAGAGAGAGACAGAGUACUACGCUCCACUCCACACGCCGGCCGUUCCAUUUCGCUCCGCCCUCCCGCCUUGCCCCGUUGCAGAAUUCCCGUCGGCUCGCUCGGAGCAGUUCGCCGCCGUUAAAGCACUCGCUCGCCACCAUGAAGAAGGUUGUGCUCAAGCUGGAUGUGCACGACGACAGGCACAAGGCCAAGGCGCUCAAGGCCGUCUCCGGUCUCCAAGGUAUCGACCAGCUGGGCGUGGACAUGAAGGACCAGAAGAUGACCAUCGUGGGCACCGUCGACCCCGUCGCCGUCGUCGGCAAGCUGCGCAAGCUCUUCCCCGGCGUGCAGAUCGUCUCCGUCGGCCCGGCCAAGGAGGAGAAGAAGGACGACAAGAAGGACGGCGGCGGGGACAAGAAGCCCGCCGGAGACAAGAAGGACGGCGACAAGAAAGACGGGGAGAAGAAGGACGGCGGCGACAAGAAGCAGCAGGAGGCGAAGCCACCCAUGGCCGUGUACCCGCCCUACGGCUACGCGCACUACGGGUACCCGCCGCCGCCGCCUCCGCCACGCUACUUCGUCCGCAGCGCCGAGGAGGACCCCAACUCGUGCGUCAUCUGCUGAUCGGCACGCGCCGCCGCCGCCCGUCCCUUGUACAUUUCGUCGCCGUCCUGCCUGUCUUCCUCUGCUGCCGGUGGUUGGUGGUUGGUGGUUGCUGUACUCAUCAGCCUACCCGCUGCAGCGAUCGACGGCGUCGUUUCUACACUUAGAUAUACAGUACGUAUGACCGUGUAAUUACCGGUUGCAUCGGCAGCUGCUGUUUGGCUUGCUUUUGGAGAGGUGCAGUAGUAGCACAUGCAUCAUGUCUGCUGAUCAGUUUGUAGAGCGCAUACACGAGAGUGAGAAGAACUAUAAAGAUGUAGUACGUACGUACCACUUUUGACAGUAUAAUUCGAUUUGAGAAUAUUAGUACAUUACUGCCCAGCUGGUCUGAAAA